AGGGGAAGUGAGUGUUGGUUGGGAGAGCAUGCGGUAGGGUUGUGAUGGCCCCGGAAUGGGAAUCAGCAUCGGUAUCAUACCAGCAUCUAUGAUACCGUGUUGCUCAGAACCCCCUGUCAAUGGCGAAUAAGUCCAGAUCCUGCACAGGGAGGAGAGUUUACAGCAGGCCCUCAAGCGAUUGGGAGGAUGGGAGGGCUUGCAGAAAGGCUAUCACGAUGCUUUACGCUCUAUCUGUAGCAGCUAUCGAUAUGAUACCUUGUCCAUCCCAUACAUAUAUACGUGAGCUUCUGUACCGGCAACCGCUUGCGGUAAUGGGCCCUCGAGUUUUGAAAAACAAGAUUCCGUAGAGAAUCGCUAAUACUAGAGAAUUCUUUAUAUUUUUUUUAUUCCGAUACCGUAUCUCAUUCCCACAAGAAUCGCCAGGGAGGGAGUCCUUGCGCUGUAUCAUCAUGCUCACGGAGUGGGGCAUUUUUAACUACAACAUCAUAAACCCAGAUAACACCGGACAAGGAAAGGCCAGAGCAACACAAUCCUUCCCUUUUUCCAACAACCGGCUUUCGGUGCAGAGGCACUCUUGCGGCCGAGUCGAAGCCGGACACCCGGGGUGGGGGUGGUAAUUCCCGUAUGCGCAAGGUGUCCGGCUCCAACUCGGCCCCACGAUAGUUGCCGGCGGGAGGACGGGGCUCAGGAAAUCUAGAAUCUUGUGAUGAUGGAUGCAAACCAAAACAUCAUCUGCCGGCCUUUGGGCAACUCUCUUCCUCCUCCCCUUUGACUGCGUCUUUUCUUUCUUUCUUUUCUUUCUCGAGAUGGUUCAUUCUUGCUACCCGGUGUCAUGGCAUGAAUCGCGGUGGACACGGAGGUCCAGCGUGUGAUACGUGCUGGGGGACUGGCUAGUACCGGUACGGUAAGGAAGGGAGCUAAGCGAGGUCAAGUGACGGUAAAACAUCCAAGAGAAGGGGCGGGUAUCGUCCUGUACGAUACCGGUGCGGUAGUCUAUCUCGGAUGCGGUAUGGUACAAGUACCGGUAGCGGUACGGUACUGCGUGACAUGUUUGAUUCAUCUGAUGAUAGCGGUAUCAUACCGGCAACUUGAACCACCGUAUGAUAUGGAAGGAAAUAAUAUCAUACUUGUCCCGUCAUAAUAAUAAUAUUGUUAUUAGGGUACGAGUGAGGGGAGCACCAUCUGAUAGCUUUAUUCCCCUAUGCGGUUUGUUGCGGUGUGUGGUCCAUUGGGAUUAUGACCCUUGGCAGCGAAAAAUGGAAAAGGGAUGAUGAGAUAUGGCGCUUUUUUGGGACGUUUUUUUGAUUGUUUGCUCGGAGGGUGUUAGGGUCCGAAAGGAAGGGUCUUUGAUCUAAUUUCUUGGUCUCAUGCUUGAGGGAGAAAAGGGUUCUAUCGGGGGAGGAGGGAAAAAAAGUUACUUUCACGUAACGGGGCUGUUUUCGAACGCCCCCUCUUUUGGUUAAAAUAGCCCCGCUAUUUAUCCAUCCAUCCCUUCUCCAUCCACCCAAUCCACCCCCAAAUCAUCCCUCACAACUAUCUGCCAUCGGCGAAGGGGUAAACAAAAGAAAAGAAAAGAAUCACACCAAGACAGCCACCGCUCUCAGGAGGGAGACCUCUUUCCCGAUCAUAAACAGGGAACAGACAGACAAAAACAUACCGGUAACGAAGCGAGACGAAAAAGAAAAACAAGAGGGGGGGAAAGGAUGCCCACAACUCUAUUCUUCGUCACCGGCAAUGCCAACAAACUCGCCGAAGUAAGUGCUAUCCUGGCUGCUAGCGGGAUAGACAUUCAGAGCAAGGAGUUGGAUUUGCCUGAGCUGCAGGGGACCAUAGAAGACGUAUCGAAGCAUAAAGCUAGACGUGCGGCAGAAGUGGUAAGUGUGGGUGUGUGCAUUUCCCCUCCCCCUCCCUCCCUCCCUCUUCCUUCUCCGGCUCCUCCCCCCCCCUCCUCCCCUCCUCCAUUCCCCUUUGCCGCAUUCACGGGGAAAAAUAUAUAUUUAGUGGUGGUGACGGGAUAUGCGCUUACGGAAUUGUUGUCAUUGUUGUGACGCUAUCACAACAAUUUAGAUAGGUGGACCUGUCCUUGUCGAGGAUACUUGCUUGGGCUUCAAUGCGUUGAAGGGAUUGCCCGGUCCGUACAUGUGUGUCACCCCUCCCCGCCGUAGAGCAUGUCGACAAUUGUGGCGCUAUGGUGCAAGCACCAUUACGAAAACAAUGGAACAAACGUGCACCAAGCAAACAAAAAAAAGAGAACAUAACUCACAACCCGCAAUUCCCCUGCCAUAGCUAACCAACUAACCAACGCCUAUGUGGCGGCGCUCUAGAAAAUGGUUCAUGAAAGACCUCGGCCACGAAGGUCUCGUGAACAUGCUCGCCGCAUACGAGGAUAAGUCCGCGCAAGCGGUGUGCACAUUCGCCUACUGUGAAGGGCCUGGACAGGAACCGGUGCUGUUUCAGGGCAGGACUGAUGUAUGUGUGAUUUUGCCUCUCCCUCUUCACUUCCUUUCUUUCUUUUUUUCAGCAGGAAAAGAAAGGAAGAAGACAAGCGAGACAGUGCUGAUCCAUCGGUGAUUGUUCCGCACUGUGUGUAUAUAGGGUAAGAUUGUGCCUGCUAGAGGACCUGCGAGAUUUGGUUGGUUUUCCCAUCUCCCCUCGCCCCUUUUUGUCUUGUUUUGUUCGUGUGUCGUUUUGGCAUUUUCGGGACUGACUCGGGCAUGUUGGCGGUGGCGGCAGGAUGGGAUCCGAUAUUCGAGUACAGGGGGCAGACGUGAGCUUCCCUCACUUGCGCUUUUCGCCUCAUGGGCAUGUUUGGAUUUUCGCAUCUUGGCUUUGCGAUCAUUGACUUUGACUUUUUUCUUUUUCUUGAUAGAUACGCCGAGAUGGACAAGGUCAUUAAGAAUUCCAUCUCGCACCGCUUCAAGGCGCUCGAGUUGCUUAGGGAGUGGAUGGAAACUCGUCCUUAGAUCGCCGGUGAUGUGGGGAGUAUUGAUCUACGGAACUCUAGAGCGCUACGGGGGGGGGGUCUUUUUUUGUCACAUUACUAUAUUCGGGGGCUAGAAACUUGAGAUUGAUAUAUGAUACCAGAUUGGGCACCCUUGAGCGACUUU